AACAAGGAUAUAAACAAGUUCAUUAGUAAAGGGCCGGAAAGGGGCUGGAAACUCAAAGAGGGAUAGAGGAGCUAUGUAUUGUGGAGUCAAAUAGCCCUUUGGCACACUGCGUUUCAACCCAGCCAGCACAAUGGCCAAAAAGGAGGAUUUUACGCAGAAUUUUAAGAGAACGAGUGGGCGUAGGCAUUUCCUAGAAAUUUCAUUUAUUACAUUUCCUUUUAAGAAAUUCAAAUUAAUUGUGUUCUAAAUAAUUGUUGCGGGGCGAUUAGGUUUAAGAAAUAAAUGGGUAUAAUUAAUAGGUAAAAUUUAUAAACCAUAGUUGUGUUAUUUUCAAUUCGAACUUUAAGUUAUUUAUAUGAAAAUUGUGAUGUUACAAUCAUAUUAAUAGAUAACGAUAUAUACUAAAUAAACUAAGAAAAAAUUAGGGUUGUAUUUUUUGUAAUUCUAUCAAAAAUAAAGUGGUAACUCCGAUGGGGUUAUUUAAAAACCUUUGGAAACUUGACAUAUGACAAAUAAAUUUCAUUUGUAAUCUCGCACAACGUUUCGUCAAACGAAAAUCAAACAAGAUCCCCUGACUUCUUAAAAAAAAGAAUAUUAUCUGACUCAGAUUUAGAAGCGAAAGCAAGUCCAAGGAACUCGAGAUGGCGAACAAUAAUGACAAACCGUCAAGAAGCUUGAACACCUUGAGUGCCCCGCUCUUUAAGAAGUCUUUCCCAAAGUCUUUUUACGAUGGUGCCUCCAAGAAAAACCCUGAACGAGUGAUCAAAGAUGUAAACGCAAUGCUAAUGCCAUCAUCAUCAAAGUCAUUUAGAGGAAAUUAUCCGCCGAAAGAGCGUAAAACUGACGAAAAAGAAAAAUAUAUCGACGACAAGCCACUGCCUAUACCAUCAGAGUGGAUAAGAGAUCCAAAUUUUCGACCCAUAUCGCCCAUUAAAUGGUGUUUUGUGGAUGACUGCGAUAUUUUUCUGCCCCCAUUGGAUCUAAGGAAAGGCGUACCUCCAAAGGCUUCACAGGACGAGGAGAUGGCAGAGAUGCAACCAGAUUUCAAAAAUCAAGAGCCAGGGGGAAAGACUUUCAAUUGAUUAAUCUAAGACCCAUUAAUCAUCAUUGAUUAAUAAGGAAGAUGUCAGCAAGCCAUUGGACUUAACAUAAACACUCAGUAUUAACUAAUUUAUGGGUUAUGCGGAUUGUUAUUAUUAUUAUAAAAACUACGCAAAU